AUGUACAUAAAUGCAUCUUCUGCAGUUUUAUUAACACUACAAACGCUGGGCCUAUCAGAUACAGAUAUUUACCCAGCAUUUUUGUUUGGGACUUUACUGUAUGUGGUUAUUUUGUUCUGCAACUUGUUGGUAUUAUCAACUAUUGCUGUGAGUAAAAAGCUACACAAGCCCAUGUUUAUCCUGCUGUUCAACUUGCCCAUUAGUGACAUGGUGGGUGCUACAGCUUUUUUCCCUCAGCUUCUUUUCAGCAUGGUGACACAGAACAGACAGAUUUCUCAUCCUGCAUGUGUCAUUCAGGCUUUUGUGAUUCAUGUUUAUGGUACAGGAAACUUGCUGACCUUGGGUGCCAUGGCAUAUGACAGAUAUGUUGCUAUAUGUUGUCCUUUGAGGUAUAAUGCCAUCAUGACUCCAUAUAAGUUAUUUACAAUAAUUUUUUCUUUGUGGUUUGUAAAUAUCUCAGUGAUAAUGUUGUUGAUGUUAUUGCUUGAACGGUAUAAAAUUUGCAGGACAAAUAUAGUAGAUCUGUUCUGUAACAAUCCAACAUUACUGAAACUUGCCUGUGAGGACACCAGAGCAACGAACUACUUUGGGGUUUUUACUUUAAUCAUAUUCCAAAGCGUACCACUGUCAGUAAUAUUGUUCACAUAUGCUCAGAUCUUACGCACAUGCAUUAUGACUAAUCAGCCUGAAGCUUGGAAGAAAGCCAUUCAGACAUGUGGUACACAUUUAGUUGUUUAUUUAAUCCUAGAGAUCAGUGCUGUCAUUACACUGGUUUCUCAUCGCUUUGAGAGUGCACCCCCUUUAAUGAGGAGGGCUCUUGGUGUGUCAGUUUUAGUUGGUCCCCCUUUUGUGGACCCAUUAGUGUAUGGACUGAGAUCAACAGAACUCAAGCAGAGCAUAUUAAUGUUAUUGAAAAGAAAUGCAGGUUCAACAUAA